UGCCCAGCGCCAUCAUCCACGCUGAGGUGGAGUUAACCGUUGCGACCGACGAAGCUGCAGCAACAACCAGACGACGCUCCGGCGCCUCGGGCGGACGUGCCCGGCGCACGUCGGGCGGCAGUCACGUCGUGACGCCAUGACGCAGUGUUGUUGUUGGCCUCGGCUCCACGACAUGGCGGCUCGCUGGAGCAGUGAGAAUGUGGUGGUGGAGGUCAGGGACUCGCAGGCAACUGCUAUGUCUGUGAACUGCCAUGGCCAACUUGCAGUGCUCUCUGGGCGCCGCUUCUUGUAUGUUAUAAAUUUAGAUGCUCCUUCAGAAGUACCAAAAAAGAUUGCAAGGCAGAGUAAGUGGGACAUUGGGGCUGUGCAGUGGAACCCACAUGAGACCUCCUCUCACUACUUUGCAGCUUCGUGUAACCAGCGGGUGGACCUAUACAAAUGGCUUGAUGGAAAUGGCGAGAUCCACACUUCAUUGCAGGGUCACACCCGUGUUAUAAGUGAUUUGGAGUGGUCAUGGUUUGAACCUGAGCUACUUGUUACAAGUUCUGUUGACACCUACAUCUACAUUUGGGACGUCAAGGAUACACGAAAGCCAUCGGUAUCAUUGUCAGCUGUAGCUGGAGCCUCUCAGGUGAAAUGGAACAAAAAAAACUCUUGCUGCUUGGCAACUAGCCAUGAUGGAGAUGUCCGAAUCUGGGAUAAACGGAAACCUAACACAGCUGUAGAAUAUAUAGCUGCUCACUUGUCAAAGAUCCAUGGGCUGGACUGGCACCCAGAGAAUGAACACAUCUUUGCUACAUCAAGCCAAGACAAUUCAGUCAGGUUCUGGGAUUACCGCCAGCCACGGAAAUAUCUCAACAUCCUCUCUUGUCAAGUGCCGGUGUGGAAGGCUCGGUACACGCCUUUCACCAAUGGCUUGGUAACAGUGAUGGUCCCACAGUUACGUCGUGGUGAGAACAGCCUUCUACUCUGGAACAUAUUAGAUUUAAAUGUUCCAGUCCAUACCUUCGUUGGACAUGAUGAUGUGGUAUUAGAAUUUCAGUGGCGUAAACAGAUGGAAGAUAUGAAGGACUAUCAGCUAGUUACCUGGUCACGUGACCAGACACUGCGGAUGUGGCGGAUUGAUAUGCAGUUACACAAGCUCUGUGCAAAUGACAUGUUGGAUGGCGAUGAGUUAAUUGAUGGUGUUUCCCUGCUCCCAGAGACAGAUAAAGCCCUUCAUUCACAGGAUACAGAUCCUCACCCAACGUUAAGUCAUGUAAAUGAGGAGGAUGAAGCACUGAGGGAAGAUUUUCAUAAUCAUGCAACUAUCAGUUCUAAACCAGAUUACCUUGGACUACCGCAGACAUUGCAACAAGAAUUCUCAUUGGUUAAUCUGCAAAUCCGCAAUGUGAUGGUAGAUGAGAUGGAUGCUAUAAAUCGUAACUGCACAGUCUCGGUGCAUUGUGGUAAUCUACGAGUGAAGAUGGUUGUGAUAUUUCCAGUACAGUACCCAAACAACGCUGCCCCUUCUUUCCAGUUCAUUAAUCCCACCACCAUCAGUUCCAGCAUGAGGACUAAACUCCUUAAGAUUCUGAAGGACACAUCGCUCCAGAAGGUAAAGCGAAAUCAGAGCUGCUUGGAACCCUGUCUACGCCAGCUGGUGUCUAGCCUGGAAGCCAUUGUGAAUCAGGACAACAAUGGCUCUGCUAACUCCCAGAAUCCAUUUGUCCUCGGAAACUCUGUGACUCCACCACUGCCGACUUUCCCAAGAGUCACUAACACGUAUGGUUCCUACCAAGAUGCAAACAUUCCCUUUCCUCGCACUUCUGGAGCACGCUUCUGUGGAGCUGGUUAUCUUGUAUACUUCAUGAGGCCAAUGACUCUUCAUCGGACAGUCUCUCCAACAGAACCCACACCCAGGUCACUCUCAGCACUCUCUGCAUAUCACAGUGGAGGAAUCACCCCGAUGAAGAUCCGUACAGAGUCACAGAGUAAUUUGAGGUUAUAUAGUGGAAGUCCAACCCGCAGUGAGAAGGAGCUGGUGUCCAUUAGCUCCUUCUAUUACAAGGAGCGAAAAUCACGUCGAUGGAAAGGAAAGCGAGAAGGGACUGAUGCAAACAACAGACCAAUCAAAGCUGCAGGGAAAGUCAUCAUCCAGGACAUUUCCUGUCUCCUUCCAGUACACAAGUCACUGGGGGAAUUGUACAUACUGAAUGUGAAUGACAUCCAAGAUACUUGUCAGAAGAAUGCUGCUGCAGCUUUGUCAGUUGGACGCAGAGACCUUGUUCAGGUGUGGUCUUUAGCUGCUGUUGCCACAGACUCCUUCCUCAGUCCGCAUCCAGAUCCUGACAUAGAGACGCCAUGGGCACGGCAUCCGUUUGGCAGGCAGCUCCUUGAGUCGCUCCUGACCCACUACAGUACGAUACACGAUGUUCAGACUCUAGCGAUGCUAUGCAGUGUGUUUGAGGCCCAAUCUAGGCCUCUGGACUGCUAUGGCAGCAUGGGCACACAACUGUACCAGCGCAAUUCUAUCUCCACUCCCUUUCUACAUUGUUCAGGCUAUGCUUCUUCAGGUUCCUAUUCAAGCACAUCUGAAACUAUUGUUGGGUCCACUGGCUGGAACAUAGUGGCUCGGGAAUCAGAACAUCUCAGUUCUUGGUGCUAUGAGUCACCAGAUGACUACCGUUAUGGAAACCACAUCUAUGCUGAUCCAAAAGAGCGGGAGAAGGAGCAACAUGAAAAGAACAAAAAGCUACUCGAUCCAGCCAACAUGUUGCAAUAUGAUGAUUUUAAGAAAUGUUAUGGGGAGAUUCUGUACCGCUGGGGUCUGCGAGAGAAACGAGCAGAGGUCUUAAAGUUCGUCUCUUGCCCUCCGGACUCUCAUAAGGGAAUUGAAUUUGGAGUGUACUGCUGUCACUGCCGCAGUGAGGGACGAGGGACACAGUGUGACAUUUGCAAAGGCUUCACCUUUCAAUGUGCCAUCUGCCAUGUUGCUGUUCGAGGAUCUGCAAACUUCUGCCUUACCUGUGGGCACGGCGGCCAUACCAGUCACAUGAUGGAGUGGUUCCGGACCCAGGAAGUGUGCCCCACAGGCUGUGGCUGCCAUUGCUUGCUCGAGAGCACGUUUUGAAAAUAGCCUGGCGCCACUGUUGGUCGUAGGUGAACCUGGAUGGCAUUUCCAUCUUUUGCUCUUCACUGAAGCUGUGACAGCUAGUUGAACCAAGAUAGGAAAACGUCAGCCAGUGCAAAACUUAGACUGGAGCUUCAUUGUUUGAGGUGCCAGGACAAAGCCCUCAGCAUUUCAAAUCAUCUGGUCUCCUUUCAGAGGGUGAGGCGAUGUGGAUUGCACAUUGUCUCACGACGAUGAGUGGCCAAAUUCAAAAGCAAAACUUAUUUAUAAUUUUAUUUUAAGGAACACGAGCUAAAGUUGGGUAUUUGCUUCCUUGAUGAUAAUGGUCAAUGUGCAAUUGUCAUGCACACUGACUAUGAAGAAUGAUGUGCAGCUACUGCAGUGCCGGAACUGAAACGAUCACAAUGAAAAAGACCCAGUUCAGCAGAAGUAUUACCCCUUGAGUGGCCUGUGUGCAGGUCAUUUGUCACAUCUUUGCUGUUGAUCUAUUUCCGUGCUGCUGGUGUGGCGUUUGAUGGUUUUCACAAGUUGAAGAGGGAUAAUUAAGUUGAGCAGAGGUGCUGCCUUCAUUGCUGGAAACUGGAUAAAAAUCCAGCACAGACCUCCAUCCAUUGACUCGAAAUAUCCGACUAAAGAAUGAGUUUGCUGGUGUUGAUUGUCAGAUGGGCAUAAGACCAGGACACAGCUUCCUUGAAUUUGGCACUAAUUUGGGAAUGUCAUUCAAUAUGUGGGAAAUUGGAAAAACAUUCACCAGGGGACCCUCUCUUAUGGGGAUGCUCAGGUACAGAAUAUGCCAGGAUAGAGGGAGCUUUCCUCUAAUUGUGCAAUACUUGGUACUGACACUCGAUGGACUAUUUCUUAACGCUAGCAGUUAGGAAGAAAUGAAGUGCAGGAGGGCAGGUUGAAUGCUGUGCCAUGUUUUACUGCCUUUACUGUGACCGUAAGCAGUCCUUCCAACAAGGUUGGUAGUUUUUGUCAGAGCUGACGUAUUCUCUGGCAACUGGCUGGUGGUAACAUAGAUUGAUCCAUAGUGCUGGCAGGCAAUUAAGUUAACCAGAUCCUUUGCUAUUGUUACUGGGAUAGGACCUGCUGAUUUGUGCAGGAGAUGCACAGUUCCAUUGCUAACAUUUUGGUUUUCACUGGGCACUUUAAUAUUAGAUGGGAGCAUGUUAUCUUUGCUGAGAAUGUGGGACUCCAGUCCGAGCACUUUGUCCGCAGAAGCAGUGAAGCUUGGGGGAGAAGCAGCACUCAGUUUACGCUUAAUUGCAGUUUAAUGUGGGCACCCCAUAUAUGGAGUCAAGUUCUUGAAUAUGUCAGAAUUGCUGAGCGUUUCUCUGAGCAGGUCAGCAGAUUUCCAGCUCUGUGGAGUGUUCAAGGGAUACCGGAGCUGAACACAAUUUACUCAUUGACAGUAAAAUAAAUAGUAAGAUCCUCGUAAUUUUAUUUGCAGAACUACCCCCAUUUUCCUUGGCCUGUUCAAUGAUGCUUAAGUUAAAGACAGAACUAAUCAACUGAAGUACUAUUUGCAGCAUCCUAAUAUUACAGUUGUAUGGCCGUGUCGGCUUUCAAUUUACAUGGGUCAAUUAUUUAGUUUUUGAACAAUUGACAACAUGCUUCCUGUUUUAGUAGCUUGCGUUAGUAGCUGCAGCCCAGAAUGGAAACCCAGUAUUGUAUUGGUAUUGAAGGGAAUUGCUCGUUGUGCUGUUGACUAAAAUUACCCCAUUUCUACCAUGUGGUGAUCCAGAUGGUAUAGUUAACACUGGCCCAGUAGCCCACUGCUUGCAUCUCUCCUGGCCUCGUACUCAGCGGUUUCGUUCCUUAUUGCUCAGGUGUCUGGCACAGUUUUUUUUUUCAGACAGCCUGUAAACAAGUUAUAAACUUUUAAAAAAAUGUCUUUUUUUUGUGUGCAUUGUUUCUGGGAGAUUGAGUUAAGUGCUGCCUGGCUGCAGAUUGUGCAAGUCCAGUAAAAUCCAUGACACAGAGAGGAUAGGUCUGUAGAAGUGCUAACAGUUGUCUCUUUAGGAAACUGCUUGCACAUAAUUCUUUAGUUGGCAACUGAGAAAUGAAGGCCACACCAAUUUUGCACUGAUUAUUGUAAAGGGAAGAAUCCAUUGGACAUAGAGGAAGCAGAAAUCUGGCUUAGUUAGAAGGGAAAUGUUCAGUAUUAAGGAUAAAAUUGGGACAAUUAUUUAAUUUAGUUUGACCUUGCAAAGCCUGCUUGUUUCCUUGUCACUUAUCCAUCUAGGCAACUCUAAUUGUCCACUCUGAUUCUAAAGACUGGUAAGGGAACGGGAGAGAAGAACAUGGUUUGUAUGGGCAGUUUCUUCAAUGACCAGUCAAGUGUCUGUUGACUUCAUUGGUUGAAGAUAAGUUUACAGCACUGUUGACCAUUGGAAAGGUGAGUUAUCAGGCCCAUGUUUUGGAAUGACACACACACAAUGAAAUGUGUGUGGGUCAUUCCAAUGUUGCUAUAGUUGGCCAGUCUUGGUCCAUGUAUUUCUGGAGGUUUCAUUACAGUAUCUAAUGGGUCACUGGCAUAAUACUCUCCUGUCAUGAAAUGGAACCCUGAUUCUUUUUCCAGUUGGAUGAUUCUUGUCCAUCAGUCAAACAGCCUUUUCCCCAUCGCUAAUAUUUUGAUAGCUUAUAAACAAAAGCAUUUAAGUAAAAUAAAAGAAUCCAUUUUUAAUAUGAUUUCCUAUUGUACUGUAAUUAGAGAUUAAUCUUUAAGAUUCCAGGACAACUGUGGAAGAUUGGUAACCAUAAGAGCUAUGCAACCUUGAGUAUUUAUCUGCAAUAUUUUAUUCUUUGACCUGAGUGCACCUGAGGAUUGCAUUCACAGUCGUGGUUGAUUCCCGUUCAAUGCACUGGGCUGUGUGCCUCUGUCAUUGCAAAUCCUCAUCAUGAUAAUAUAAUUAAAUAGUCUACUAUUUAAAUGUUAAUAUUGCACCAUUUCUGGUGCAAAAAAUUUAGUGCUAAGUUACCAAGUUUAGGAACUGAAGUUAAAUUUUGUAACUAAGAUGUAAAUUAUGUAUAAAGUAGACACUGUAAAUACAGUAUUGUUGAAAGUAAAUGACUGCUA